AUGGCCAACGACGCAGCUCUGUCGUCUUUCAUCGAGUCUGCUCCCCCAGGAGAGCUCUCCAAUGUCGCAACCGCAAUCAAGUCGAUUACCGGCCAGAGCUCUCUGGACUCCCUGAACCCCGCCUUCCAAAAGUAUAACGAGGAGCAAUUUGCGGUGACGAAACUUCCCGGUGGCAGCGACUCCGUCCUCGUCAGCCCGUACAACUCGCUGGGUGACGGCCGCUACUAUGACGUUGAGAGCAACAGCUCCUUUGCUUUCGACCACGCCACCCAGAAAGCCUCCGACGUCCAGCAGUAUGUCCUCGAAUCUGCGCACGCCGACCUGGUCAAGUCUCUCCUGAAAUCGCUCUCGGCGCACGUUAGCGAGCACUACCCCGCCGCGACCCUGGGAGUGUUCCCGACCGAGUCAGACUCGCAAAUUGCUGUCGUUCUGGCCUCGAACAAAUACUCGCCCAACAACUUCUGGAACGGGCGCUGGCGCUCGCUGUACACCUUCAGCCCAUCCUCGGCGGGCCUGACCGGCUUUAUCAAGGUCGACGUGCACUACUACGAGGACGGCAACGUGCGCAUGCUCACGGACAAGCCCAUCUCGACCAACAUCUUGGCAGCGGGCGCGAGUGCGGCGGACGUCACGAAGGCCAUUGCGCAGGUUGAGCGCAAGUAUCAGGAGGAUUUGAACAGGGCGUUUGGUAGCUUGAGCGAGGGUGCGUUCAAGAACCUGCGCAGGCAAUUGCCGGUUACGAGGCAAAAGAUUGAGUGGGAGAAGAUCAGUGGUUAUAGGCUUGGCCAGGACAUCGGUGGUGGCAGGGCCAAAUAG